GUGAGAGUGUGAGAGAGAAUACCUUAGUGGUAGAGAAGAAGCUUGGAGUUGUGUUGUGGUCUAGCCUAGGGUGGUGUGUGAGAGUAUAGCAAAAGGGUUGGAGACCUGAGCCGGAAAGAAAUCGACACCCAACAAGAACCACCUUUCUCACAAGAGCGAUUGCUAUGGUUCUUCGACUUGGAUGAUGAGGUUUUUGGGACGAUGGGGUUGCCGACCAUAUGGGAAGAUGUUUUAUUUACUGUGAUGAACGAGACUAUUGCUAUGAUUAGUUUUUGUCCUCCAGAUAAUAGCAAUUUGCAUUGACAUAUGGCUAAUGAGGGAAAAUUAAAAUGCUAACGAAGUGGAUUGGCGUGCAUAAACAGUGGAGCUUAGAAUGUGGUGUAAGCAUUGACAAGCAUGAGUAUUGGAAUCCAAUGGGAUGUGGAACGUGGGAGGAAUCUUGGUUGCCUGUUGGUAUUUGGAAUCUGGGUGGUCAUUUUCAUUUACUUGCAUUUCCAUAUAUUAACACUUAUCGUAGGGAGGGCUACUGCACUUCACCUUCACCUCAUGAUUAUCCGGAUGGAGAAAACUAUAUACCGUAUCUAAUUUCUGGUGAUCUGGAAACAAAGGACAUGAAGAUGGUCUACUUAACUCAAGAAAAGAAGUUUGUUAAGCUGGUUUCAAAUUUGAUGGGGUAUACUCCAAUUUACAAGGAAAGCAAUAUUGAUAUAACUCAAGAAUGGAAGGAUUACAAGAUCUUUGCAAGACACUACACCUAUGCUAGAAUAUACAAUCAAAGUCUACAACUCAUAUAGAAUACAAAUACUUAUCUUUGUAAUACUUAUUCUAGUAUUUGAAAC